CUAGGCCCUCUGUACCUCUAUCGCAGCAUUUUGCGUGUACACCGACUGCUGCCCAAAGAGAUGCGGUUCGUAGGUGACCAGUAUGUGCGUGCCGAGUUCCGCAGCCACCAGACCGUCACUGACAAGCGCUACCUGGAGCCCUUUUUUGCGCAGUGGACAUCGUAUCUUGAUCUUCUGCGGCAGCAGACCCAGGGCACAAGCACGUUUGGACAACCCCUCGACAGUACAGUGGUUGAUAAACUGGACGAUGACAAGGCAGAGCAGCUGCUUGAUCUGCACAACGCGUCAACUGGACAGGCAGAUUCAGAGCAUGCACAAUCCCUCUAG